AUGGCGAAUAUUUUGAUAGCAUGGGAGAAGCGGCACCUACGAAGUAUGGAGUCGGGCGAUAUAAUACCAACAAAUAUCGAGCGAUGGGCCAAGCUGCCCAAAGCUCUCAAUACAGGUAAGCUAAGUCUUACUGCAAACCAACUCAAGGGUUCAGGCUCUGUUAUCCAUCUCCACCCAGCUUCGUAUGAGAAAGCACUAAAAGCUCGCAAUUGA